ACUGGCGUCGGGAUCCCAUCUUUUCAGAUCGACCGUUGUCAACCAUUUCUCCCAAGCGAUAAACGACCAUCGCUUUCGUACCUGACCUCGAUCUCCUGACCGCGACUACAAUUAACAUUCUUCUACGACGAGGCUGGAUGAAACCCAGCGAUUCCCACUACUGACAGCCAUGAGCUUCAAGAAAUUCAAAUCCGAUGUCUCGACAGCAGCCCAGAAGGUCGCUACUGGCGCCGUUGCUAGCGUCUUGUCAGUUGGGGCCGGCGACUCUGACGGCGAAGUUGUGAUUACAUACCGCCACGAUAGCCUCCCCGCAGAUCUGAAGAUACAGGCACUCGCCCAGGAUCUCAGCGAGUAUCCCGACGGAAACAUGUUCAUGCUUUGGAUUGCCGACGACUGUGACCUGCUGCAGCCCGUGCUGACCGCUAUCAAAGCUACCCAGGACUACCUCCUAGGACUGUCUGUCUACGAGAUGGUUAUUGAGGUAGCAAGCCGUAUCAGAAAGGAGCUUGGCCAGUCCAAGCAGGACGGGGACGGCAAGGAGUCACAUGCUGACGCCGAGGCUGAUGAGCACGAAGACCAUGAUUUCGACAACUUCGAUGACGCAGACGACGACAGCCAAUUUUCGAUUGAAAACGGAUUCGGGUUGACACCCUGGACUUCCGAGCCCGUUUCGGAGCAGUCGACGCUAUCCGAACAUCAGCAGCGAGUGUUAAGUCGCAUCAGGCGGGACCUCCGCCAGGUCAAACAUGCCGGCUACAAAGUUGGCUUCCUCGACGGCUUUGGCCAAACCUCCAUUCUCGGCCAUGUGUCCAUCUCCAUCCGCGUCGACAAGCUGGCGCUGUCAGACGAGGCAAUGGAGGCCUGGGGCGUCAACCCGGGCGAGUACAUUGUGCUCCUUCUCCGGUUUGAGAAGGGCUACAUUCCCUUGGAACGCGUUCUCGAACUUCCGGCGAGCCAAACUGACAUCAAGUUUCGCAUUGGCAAGUCCAAAAGGCACAAACCCUCUCUAGCCCAAGCGCUGGCCGCCUUCGUCGAGGCUACCCAGACAAUGCCAACGGCUAAUGCGGACAUCGGCGGGGAGGACUUGGAUUCCCUCAGCGAUAACUUUGAGAAACUCUUCAUAUCCAACUCACUAGACGACUUUCUGAACGGGAGUUUCAUAUCGUUGUUGAAACUCCGAAGAUCCCUUGGGGUAGACUGGGAGAAGGCGAAUGAGUCUUUGCUACAAAAGAUCUUGCAACUCCCCGCAAAAGAGGUGCUCAGUGACUCUGCAGAGGCAGAGAACUGCAGUGGCGGGCCUCCUGGUUUCAAUAUAGACCAAGGACGACAUCGAGUUCUGGCUUCGGACCACCUCAUUGAGAGUGGUCCGGCCGAUGAGCACAGCCUACCGCUCAUUGCAGUGCAGUUCGCCAUGCGGUACUUUGUCAAAUGUACCGAAUACUGCCUAAGAUGCCAUCGCCGACUCGAGAAGGGCUUCCAAGCUCUCCGGCCAUACGUCUGCUCCACCCCACUAUGCUUGUUCCAGUACAUGGCCAUGGGAUUUGGUCCCUCCAUCGAACACGAGAUCCUCACGGAGCCCUACGUUGUUGACCUCCUGGUCAGUUUGUGCUACGCAGCUAUCCAGCCAUACUACUCACUCGCCAGUCGUUUGCCGGCAUCCAACCCGCCUGCUCCGAAACCUAGCCUCCCGAUCCGAUCCCUCCCGGCUGGAUUGAAACUACAGGUCCCGCAUCUAUCUAAUCCGGAGCCAAAAUCACUAACAGCCCAGUUAGUCGGCGAUAGUCUUCUGUUUGAGCAUGAGGACGCCAGAAAAUUGGCUGAGAGAUUGGCCCCGGCGAGAUGGGUUGCGUUCCGCAAGCCACCAUCACAGCCUAGUAUUACCCAGCAUGCGCGCAUAGUCGAAAUUGACUAUGACGCCAAAAGAGCUGUGGUGGAAAUAAUGGGCGAAUCAGCCGCCCACUGGACUGCAGAUUCGCCCAACAAUAAGGGCGCCGACCAACCGCAUGCACGCUCGCGUCAGGCGGAGAAGAUGGAAGAUGGGGACUAUUGCGACGUUUUUCCCUACGAUACUGACUUCGACUCACUGGACGAAAGCGACAAAGGGAUUGCCAUGCGCCACAUCUUGGACACGCUUCCAUCCAUCCUCGAAAUGAAAGACUGGCUGACGAGCCACCCUGGGUCCAGAAUCCGCUCGAUGGAGCGCAUUUCCCCGGCUGCGGAAUCACUCCUGAAUUGGAUUGUUUCCUCUAACCGCUCAUGUAUCUUCCAAGUCGGCGGAUCGCAGGAUGCCAUGUCGAAUCUCCUUCCCGAGCCAGCAGGCAAAGCUAGAGGCAGGGAGCACGAGUGGAUUCCGGGCUUGGAUGGUUGGAUGCAGUUCCGCUUCGCUCAAGGCUCGCCCGACAAGGAAUUGCGGUUCAACCGGGCACUCAAAGAGGUAGCCGAGACAAAAUCUCUCGGUGCCCACCCAACUAUUCUUGCCUGGCAUGGGAGCAACUUGGCGAACUGGCACAGCAUUGUACGAACCGGCUUGGACUACCAGGAUAUCAGGUCUGGCCGCGCCUACGGGCACGGCGUCUACUUCAGCCGUCACUUCUCCACGAGCAUAGGCUACACAGGGUCCGCCCAAUAUUGGCCGAACUCAGACCUCAAGCUCAUCAACUGCUUGAGUUUGAACGAGAUUAUCAAUGCGCCCGAAAAAUUCGUGUCGAAAGACCCUCACUACGUGGUAUCCCAACUCGACUGGCAUCAGUGUCGCUAUCUGUUUGUACAGACAAGCCGUACGGUCAGAGGACCGACCAAGCAGCCGAGCGCUAAGAUAGCAGACAGCCGGGCUUUAUAUCCGCAAGCACCAGGUUUUGAGGUCUAUGGACCGUCUAACCAGAUACUGAAGAUCCCCUUGUCUGCCAUCCCUCCUCGAACCAUUGGCCUAGGGGGUGUAAAGACUUUGGGCCCUUCAAAGCGACCAAUACAGCGGCUGGAAGACAGCGACGAUGAGGAUGCCGAGGAUAUCUCGCUGUUGUUGAGCGACGACGAAUUCAAUGCUUGUCGCAACCCGCCUGGCAAAAAAUCGGCCUCGCAUGCCUCUAGUCUGGACACUGAGGUCACCCGAGAGCGAGGUGGCGCGCGCCCGCCUACGCCGGCUAGUGUUGACAGGUCGCUUACCGACUUUGAGCCGGGUACGCUUGAUCUGACGACGUUGCCUCGUCUCGGCGCUCCCUCAUUCGCAACAGAUGCGGCUGGCCGAGUGCUGAGCCGGGAAUUACGAAAAUUGCAGAGCAUCCAGGCCAAGACGGCCCUCCACGAGCUGGGUUGGUACAUGGACUUUGACCAGGUUACCAACCUCUUCCAGUGGAUCGUUGAGCUCCACAGUUUCGACCCGGCGCUGCCGCUGGCGCAGGACAUGAAGCGGACCGGCAUCACGUCCAUUGUGGUCGAGGUGCGCUUCGGCGCCAAUUUCCCCCUUAGCCCCCCCUUUGUGCGCGUUAUCCGCCCGCGGUUCCUCCCUUUCGCCAUGGGCGGCGGCGGGCACGUCACGGCGGGCGGCGCCAUGUGCAUGCAGCUACUGACCGACUCCGGCUGGAGCCCCGCCUACAGCAUGGAGAGCGUUCUUUUAGAGGUCCGGCUCGCCCUCUGCAAUCCCGAGCCCAGGCCGGCGCGGCUGCAGAACGCGACGCAGAAGAACGUGGCCCCGCUCGACUAUGGCGUUGAGGAAGCGAUCGAGGCGUAUAUUCGCGCCGCGAGGUCGCAUAACUGGAAGGUACCCGCGGGUCUUCGGCAGACGGCCAGCGGCGUUUAAGGGGGAGUGGGCGGUAUGAUCUUGGUGCCGGUUAAGGAAUUGCUUGGUGGUCAAGGAGGAUUCCUACCCAAUCUGCUUUGGCAAGAUCGCUGGCUCAUCCACUCAUCCGG